AUGGGUGUAACUGGGUCAUACCAGGGAGCUUUAAUGUGUGAGUUGUAUUUUUAUCCAGGUGGAUGUGCUAUCGUGUCUAGUGUAGGGGAAACUGAGACGAGAAUGUCAAUACAAAACAAUUUUAAACUUCUGAAUGACAUUCUAGAGAAAUGUGUAUCUGACAAUAUUAUCACAAAGACCGAAAAGGAAAAUACCACCUAUGCAGCGUGUUUUAGAAGACAAGAUGAAAUAAAAGAACCCUUUGUGAAUUCAAACGUUUUGACUGACUUAGGUUUACACCUCCAUCAAGUAAAACAAGAGUUAGUUCCUUGUUUCUAUACAGCUGAGUGGAAACAAAGAUUAGAUACAGGAGACCGAGAUAUUAUCCUGUCCUAUCUACUACCUAUCGCCACAUCUUACAGGCACGUUCUAUGGUCACAUCCAUUAAAGGGACUGAUACCUGAACCACGAUCAUAUUGUCUUGAUUAUGACAAUGUCUAUGUAACAGCUUCUGGUACGGAUUUCUACAAACAAUGUGUCCCUUCAAAUACAUUCGACUUACUGAUGAGUUUUACUGCUGUACACUUUUUAUCAAGGUAA